GUGAGAUAGCGAAUUAAUAUGGAUGUGGUGCAUAGGCUUGCCGGUUUGUAUCCCGAUUUACGUGUUUUCCAAACAAAUCAUGCAAUAAAAGUUAGGAAAUUAUAUCAUGAUGUUAUGAGGAUAGUGGCUGAUGCAAUUGCUGAGAACAUGAACGAUUUCAAUCAGCUGGCACAAUCUCAAAACGUAAACGAACAUCUUAUACGCAUAGGAGUACUUUAUGAUUUGGUAUAUGGAAAUCUGCACACCGGCGAAUGGCACGCAGUUCCGGUGGAGGAACGUGAAGUGUUCACUAUCCUAAGUUAUUUCCGAAUUCUGUAUUCCUUGCUCUGUGCCAGAGAGAGUUCUGAAUCGAUUAAGAAUGCAAUUUACAUUGCGGAUAUAGGUAUAAUGUUGGGUGCGAAAGUUUUCUUCGAUUGCAAAGGUAUGGACAAGGAUCUACUUACUGAAGUGGCUUCAGUACUCUCAAGCGCAAAACAGUUAGAGAACCAAAAUGAACCUCCGUUGAAGCGUAUCAAAAUUGAUAGCGACGACACACAAGAUGUCACGUGUGAAAUCCCAUGUCUCCAUCGGCCAACGUUAGAAUAUUUUGGCUCCGAACACUACGACAAAAGUGAACCGGCACUACUUCGAGGCAUCAUUGAUGAUUGGCCUGCGAUGCAGAAAUGGCACGAUCUGGAGUAUCUUGUUGGACUGGCGGGCGAACGGACUGUUCCGGUGGAGAUCGGUUCCCAAUACAGCAGUGACGAUUGGUCUCAACGGUUGGUAAAAUUCAGGGAUUUUAUCGUUACCAACCUAACAGAAACCAGCAAAGAUGGCCCAGAUGACCAGAAUGGUGUGAAACGCGCUUAUUUGGCGCAGCACGAAUUGUUCGAUCAAAUACCAGAGCUGAGGAAGGAUAUUUUUGUGCCCGAUUAUAUUGGGAGAACCGAUGUCAGCCCGCGGAUAAAGGCAUGGCUUGGACCGAAGGGAACUAUUUCUCCUCUUCAUACUGACCCUAGUCACAAUUUGCUGUGUCAGGUCUUCGGAAGCAAAACAAUUAUUUUGGCCUCCCCUGGAGACACACUGAAUCUAUACCCGCAUGAGCACUUCAUCCUGAAUAAUACAUCUCAAGUGGACGCCAAGCAUCUGGACUUCGAUCGGUUUCCACUGGCUAGAGAGGUUCGAUUUCGACAACUGGUCCUCCGUCGUGGUGACAUCCUGUAUAUUCCACCUGGAUGGUGGCACUAUGUGGAGUCACUAGAACCUAGUUUUUCAGUUAGCUUCUGGUUUGACUGAGGCGGAAAGCUUUAUUGAGAGUAUAAAUAAUAUCAACUACCCUUACAGCUGCUGACUGUAAUGGUCAGCUGGCAAGGAACAAGUGUUUCAUUUUUCAUUAAUGUUUGAAAAAUCUACCCUUGCUUUCGGCGAACGCAUGCGCCAUUGUGUCCGACACGUGCUUGAAAACGCGUCCAAAUGACAUGCGUUUACACUGGAACACCCAUUUCAAUGCUACGAGAACGACUUUCCAGGAAUAAAAUGCUCCGAUCCAAAGCGAUGCUGAACAUGACAAAAAAGAUGUCUGUAAGGAGGAAUCAUUCUGUCUAAAUAGAAGGUCGAUGACCCAGUAGUCGAUAAUUUGAAGUCCACUAAACGGAAGUUGCAAUUAUCCGAAUGUACCUUCAAUUCACACCAAAAAGAAACAAAUUGAAAUUUUCAAACUUUAAAAAAAAGUACAGCGAAAACAAGCACUGAAGGAAUAUAUUGAACAUUUUAGAAAACAAAUUAUCUGAAUUGAUUCAAGAGAAAGAUACACACUUAAUAAAGCUAGAAGCACAAAACGAGAAAAUAAACAAAAAUAGCUAGAAAAUAAAAACGGAAUACGAUGAAGCUCUCAGGAGAGCGAAAAAGACCCAAAAACAAGCCGAAGGAAAUCAAAACAAGAAACAAUACAUUCUUGUCAAGCACGCAUUAAAAAACUAACAGAACCGUCACCGAAGAAAGCGUCUAACAAUGAAAGAAUGACGAUAGAAACGAGAACGGAAGGCCAACCGAUCAUGGUAAAAGUAAAUCUAACCAAUUCCGAAGCUUAUCAAGACGGUUUAAAUUUAUAUAAAACACCACAUAAUAAACCUUAAAAUCAGUUAAAAACGAUCGUCACAGUCAUAUGCCGACAAUCCAUUUUUUUAGCUAACAACUGUUCAGUAAUGGGCAGAACAUAACCGAUCGUCUGAAAAGUUUAUAAGGUAACACAGGAAAACUAUUUUUUUUGCAAAACUCAAUUUUAUUAUUCAACAUAAUUGCCUUCGGGGGCGAUACAGCGAUUAUAGCAAUUUUGCAACUUUUCGAUACCAUUUUAAUAGUGCUCUUUCGGUUUUUCCUCAAAAAAGGCCUCAGUUUCGGUAAUCACUUCGGACAUCGGUCUUAAAUUUCUUGCCAGCGAGCAUUCUCUUCAGGUCUGCGAACAGAAAAUAGUCGCUGGGGCCAGAUCUGGAGAAUACGGUAGAUGCGAAAGCAAUUCGAAGCCCAAUUCAUGCAAUUUUGCCAUCAAUACACGAAAUUCGGAUUUUUCCAUUUUUUUACAAUAACAAAAGUUGCUUCACUCUCAAUGCUGUAACUCACGAACCAAUCGACCGAUUGCUGUCAAAUUAUGACACGUAUCCAUUGAAAGAUGGUGCUUUGUGAUAGUCAAGUAGAUUUUUGCAAGAGGCGCCAUCUAGACGUCAACCUUAUGAACUUUUCAGUCGAACUGUUAUGUACAACCUAUUAGCAAAAUAGAAACCGACGAUUUGUAGCAACAAAGUGCGAUGCUUUUUUCCUUCGGAUACAAUGACGCACGAUAGCUAGCUAUGAUUCUUUUCACAAUAGUAUAGGGUAGAAGUACCUAUCAUCGCAAUAGUACCUAUUACGGUAAUACGAGUGAGUUUUUUACUAGUUUAGUAAGCAUAUCUUAUUUUUAAAGGCUCUAAUAUGAUUUUUAAACAUCAGAAAUCUCUCCUUUGUCGAUUUUGGUACUUGAUUCCAUGCGAAACAUUGUUCUUUUGUUGAAAAAUUUAGUUUGAAAAUAGAGUCUCCCAUUGAUGCUUGCUUCUUAGCAUUUUGCUAAGGAAUAUGCGGUCAAAAUAAAGAGAGUUUCAUGCUGUGAAGUGGCUAUUUUGAUGCAAACACAGUGUAGACCCAUACAUUACAACCUUCUUGAUGUUGUGAUUAGACUAAUUUAUACGAUUUUAUCGAAAUAAACAUGUUUUUUUUUUUUUGUAUUACCAUGAUUGGUACAAUUAUUCAUCCAUGUGCAUAUUAUUGUAAUACCGAAAGCUGCCCUGUUCCUACUAUGGUUGUACGGAAUCGCUGCAAAGCUGAAAAGCAGAGAUGCUAUGUUUCUAUUUUGGUUGUAGGAAAAUCUAACGUUUUCACGCUGUGCAAUUGCAAUUGCAUUUUUGUAUUAGGCACUCACCAUAAUUGGUACAAUUUUACAUCUCAUCCAUAAUCGUAGCAUGCGCAAGUUGCAUUGUUUUGAUUAUCGUAACAUAUGAAACAUCAUUAUUUUUCGCGGUCGGUUUUGGUCACAGUGCAUUGUUUGUUGGUUUUUUUCAACUUUGUGAAUAACGGAUUCAUUUUCAAAGCUUCAGGUAAUUAUAAAUAUUGUAUGGUUAUACAGUAGAAUCCCGAUUAUCUCGGAAAGCUCUAUAGAAUUACUAUGGAACUCACUUUCGUGAAUGAUCAGGGUUCUACUGUACAUCUAGAAAUAAUUAUCAACGAUUAUCAUACGUUUUGCAGUAUGUCACCCCGACGAAAGGAAGUUUCAUGUGAAAAAUACUCCGAGGAAACGAUUUCACGAUGCAUUCAGGCUAUCAACUCCGGAAUGAAAAUUUACACUAGCUGUAAAAAAAUCGGGAUUCCAUUGUCCACUAUCUACUAUCGGAUUGGAGGACGUUGGAAGAACAAAUUCAAACCAGGGCCAAAAUGUGUACUAUCAAGAGAAGAGAAGCAAAGAAUUGUUGACUGGUUGAAAAGAAUGCAGGAUCGAGGUUUUCCAGUUUCCCGACAUGCUCUGCUCUUCAAAGUAAGUGAAUAUUUGUCAUCAAACCCACGGAUCACACCGUUCCGUAAUAAUCGACCAGGACGAAAGUGGUUAACUGGUUUUAUGCGACGCAAUCCCGGAUUUUCGUUCCGUACUCCAGAAGCAGUAUCCGCGGCAAGUAGCCGUGUGAGCGAACAAGUUCUUCGCAGAUGGUUCAGGAUGGUAGACUAGUAUGCGACUGCAAACUUGAUACGUGUAAUUUUGGAGGACCCCUCAAGAGUUUAUCACGGGACGAAACAAGUUUUUAUUUUCACCCCAAAACAAAGGAGGUCAUUGCCCUCACUGGAUCCCGCAACGUUUACGAAGUAGAGCAACCUCCCGGGAAACAAAACAUCACCGUAAUGUUCGCCUUUGGAGCGUCUGGAGUUGUAGUACCACCACACGUGAUACUCCCUGGGCAACGCAUCCGAAAGGAAGUUGCUCAAGGUUUUCCUGCGAACUGGGGUCUUGGUCAGAGUGACCGAGGUUGGAUGGAUACUCACAAUUUUCGUGAGUAUAUUGUGAAAAUCUUCCAUCCAUUCCUCGUAGAACAAGGCGUAUUGUUCCCAGUGAUUUUCUUCGUCGACGGACAUGCAUCACACAAAACACUAGAAGUCGCCGAUGUAUGCCAGUCACUAGGAAUUGUGCUGAUUUCGUUAUAUCCAAAAACCACUCACAUCACACAACCUGCGGAUGUAGCAGUGUUUCGCCCUUUAAAGAACGAAUGGAGAAAAUCAGUUGAAGAGUGGAGAUAUGAACAUCAAGGUUCUUCACUUACAAUGAUGCAUUUUGGAAGCGUCCUGGCAAAGGCGGUUAAAAAUGGAAUAAUACCCGAAACAAUAAAAAAUGGAUUCCGUGUAUGUGGAAUAUAUCCUUUUGAUCCGAAUGCUGUGGAUUAUUCCAAGUGUAUUGUGAAGGCAACAUCUAUAAAGGAUACAUCGGCAAUGUCUGUGGAAACAGCUAAAGAAACUAUGUUAACAAAUCUACCAGAAACACUGAAAACCCAGGAAAUCUCAUAUCCUACGGACCAGAACUGUGAUGCGGAACCGAAUGUUAGCAUCAGUAUGGAUAGAAUUAUAGAAGCGUACGACUUGAUAGGAGCCCACACAAUUGCCAAAAUCGAAGGCAAUGUUAAUCUGCUCACGCGGGAGGAAAGAAUUAUUCGAUAUUUUCAUCGAGAGAUUGUCCGUCCCCAUAUUAAAUUCCACGGUCUGUCGUCAUCGACAGAAAAUGGUACUUCAUCUUUCAUGCAAGUUGAACGUGAUCGUGAUACUGAUGCUGUCGAAGAAUAUGUUUUCGGAUCUCCGAAGCCUAUGGACAUUGACAUCAACGACUGCGAAAUUAUCAACGUUGAUGACGUCAGCACUUGUUGCAGUAUGGUAGCAGAGUCCACUUCCGGUCAGCCAAUAGAGAAUACUUUGGAAAAAUCUUUCGAUAUCAGGUUUGACAACGAAGAAAGCAUUUAUCUGAGAGAACUGGCUACCACAGGAACAGAGACGGAUGAUUUGGCUCAAUUCAAAAAUGAUACGGCAAAGAAUUUCAAAAAUAAUAAAACGCUACACAACAACACUGUUCUUAUUGAUGGGAUGUUGCAAGAAGUCAAGAACAAAACAGAAACAACUGUUAGACGUAGACUUUCGGAUGUAUUCAAGGUUCCACCCACACCCCGUCGCAGUUGCAGACACCGCAACUACGUUAGAAAAUUUCAACCAAUUCUUACAGCUGGACAACGACUCGAAGAAAUUCGUAAGGAAGAAGAAGUUAAAAUGGAAAAAGAGCAACAAAAGAAAAGAAAGGCAUUGGAACGUCAGGAGGCGAAAAUUCAGCGGGAAGAAGCAAAAAGAGCUAGGCUUGAAGAGCGUGAGCGUGAGAAAAAGAGCUAAACAGAAAAAAAUCUAAUCCAAAGCUAAAAAACAAGCGUGUUACGAUCAGAAAAACUGAAAAUUUUUCACUCCAUACACAAAUUAAUGCAUUUAUGCAUGACUGUAUGAAUAUAUUAAUAAAUUAAUAGAGUACGUUGUCUAGCGACGGCGUUGUCUUUUAACACAAAUUAAUUUUUAUUCUAUUCUCCCAAUCAGAUAUCUGAAAGCCCCGAAAAACGACACAAAAUAAAAAAAAACAUAUUUGAACUUCUUCACAAAAACAUGAAAACUAAAGUUGCGUAUUGUUCAUUCCAAGGGUACGAAUAGCACUUCAAUCUUCUGGUAAAAUUUGUACUACAUCUCAAAACUUAAAAUUUAAUGCUUCAAAAUGACGUAUAUCUCAUCCUCACGCGUUGAUUUUUUACGAAGUUACAACAUUUCUAAAAUUACUUUAAACUUCGGCUUCGCGCUUUGUUCCCAUAAUUUGUUGUCGAGUGUAGAAUUAACGACACAGUAUUGCAUACUAGGAAUAAGAUUUAGAGACAAAGUUUUAAUUAAAAAUUAUUAUUGACGUAUUAUUUCAAUCCUAUUAACAUUUUUUCCAUGUGACAUCGACUAUUACCAUAAUAGGUACAUUUAUUACGAAACUACAGGAACACUAUCACCGUAAUGGGUACAUGGAAGUGACAUUUUCAAACAUGUUUUUACCCAAUUUAUUCGAAUAAUCAUGGAAAUAUCAGUGAGAAUCUUCAAGAACAGAGUUCAAACUGCUAGAAAAAGUAUACUCUUGUAUACUUUUGAUCUAAAAUAGAGUAUUUAUUCGCCAUUUUCUGCAAAUUGGUGACAUAUGUCCUCCAUAAUUGGUACACUUACCCUAGAUAUAUUCAAAUUGUGCCUCACUGCUAUGUUAGUUGCUAGUUUUAGUCGGCACAUUUUUUUCAACAAAACUUUGGUCGUUCCACCCUUUCGUUUAAGAAUUACACCAGUGAAUGGAGGAAAGAAACUAAAGUACUACAUUUUUCUUAGACAUAUAGGACUGCACAAACAAUUGUAAAGAAUAUAACGAUUUUUUCCACACUGAUGUGUGCUGGGAGAUAUGCACUCUUCUAUGUUUUUGAAUUGAAUAACGAUAUUGGAAUGUUUUUGAAAUUCAAGUUUGGUAGGCAUGAAGAUCUCGUUAAUAUUGCAUAUAUAUUUUUUAAGCAUGUGACUUCACGAAUCUGAAUCUCACACCCAAUAGUCGCAUUUAUUGAGUUGUUGCCCCAUACAACAUUUGAUUUCAAAAUAAAAAUGAUUUAAACUUUAUAAUACUUUUAUUGAAAUUUUUCAGUUGAUGGAACAAACUUUUUGUGAAGAAUGUUUAUUCUGAAGCACUGUUUGGUCCGUUUACUUUAAACGUCCUUUUCAUAAUCUGUUAAUAAAACGACAAAUAUUUUCGUUCCAUAAUGUGGUGUUCUAUUUUCAACCUUUCAAUGUCUGGCAACAUCUAUGAAAUGAAUUGCUGGAGGGGUAAUGUUUUGGUUGAUCCGAAAAGCUUAUCAUGGAUAUUUACAAUCGAUUAGUUUAUAUCUGAACAUUAUCACAAAACGUCUUCUAAAAUGUUUAGUAAACGAACACACAUUUCCUAUCAGAUCACGAACACAGCAUUAGAAUCGAUUGGUUUCAUUCUCCAUUUAUGUUUAAUACACGUUUCAUAUACGGGUUUUGUCGUUUCAGUUCGGGCCUCUAGUCUGACAUACCAGACACCAUCUUAAUAAUUAUCUGGGAUCAACCUAUUUCUAUCACAAACGAUCGAGUUUUGAAAUAGACAUAGCUAGAAUGAAACACCCCAUUUGCAUAAUAACGUUUAGCAUUCUAUAUUAUACGUAUCGUUCCCACGGCACCAAGUUCCCUCAAUCUGCCUGGAAUAAGUCUUAACAUAAUAGCAUAAACCCCGAGAGCAAAAGUCAUCCAGAGAAGACGAAAUGAUCCAUCGACAUCCCCGUAAAGCGCUCGGAACGCCCUCAACGAGACACUACAGCGAAAGUGAAUUAAAAUUGGGCGUUCUCGGUCUCGAUAAAAACAAAUCGCAUCCAUUAUUGAGUUUGUAUAAAUCGCCUUGGCACACACCAGGCAAUCCUUAUUUUCACGCCGCUUCUUGUGGAGUGCAAAGGGGAGUGCAACAAUUUCACUGAAUAACUUAUGGAGCAGUCGAAAGCGAACGAGCAAUACCCAGCGUCUUGAGAAUCAAUCCGACUGAAUAAUGUAAUAAAAUGUUAAACCUCAUUAGCGCUUGUGUUUCAAUCUCAUGGCAAAAGCCGGGAUAAAUAUGAUUUCGUGGCGUUCGAAUCUGGCUUCCCAAGUAAUAGUUUUACUUGUUUUUUCUCGGAGAAGGCAUAGUUGCAUGCUCGAGACAUGAAGUGCUGUGAAACGUGAGAUGUAUAAUAUUUGCCUGACUUGAGUUUAGCGGAAGAACUACGACAUAGUUAAGAAUGUUUCGAAAUGAUUUUUUUUUGCUGUAGAGAUAAGAUAAUAACUCUAUCACAUUUUCUUCCUUUUCUUUGCUCGCAUC